CGCAGAGAUGGCAUUCACACCUAGAGGCGGACGAGGCGGCGGCGAUCGCGGUGGACGAGGUGGUGGAAGAGGCGGUGAUCGUGGUGGACGUGGGGGUUUCUCGAGAGGUGGAGGACGAGGAGGUCGAGGUGAUAGCAGAGGCGGACGUGGAGGACGCGGCGGAGCAAGAGGACGUGGAGGCCCACGCGGAGGAAGAGGAGGAGGGGCAAAGGGUGGUGCGAAGACCAUCAUUGAACCCCACCGUCACCCAGGUAUCUUUGUCGCUCGUGGAAAGGAAGAUAUGCUGGUGACCAAGAACCUGUCACCUGGCGAAUCCGUCUAUGGCGAAAAGCGCAUCAGCGUUGAGAACGCUGCGACCAAGAACGAGGAUGGCACCCCUAACGUUACCAAAACCGAAUACAGAGUCUGGAAUCCCUUCCGUAGUAAGCUGGCGGCCGGUGUCUUGGGUGGUCUGGACGAGAUCUUCAUCAAGCCUGGCGCAAAGGUCUUGUAUCUCGGUGCUGCGUCUGGAACAUCUGUUUCCCACGUCGCGGAUAUUGUUGGGCCUACCGGAACAGUCUUUGCCGUUGAGUUCUCGCACCGUUCUGGAAGAGAUCUGAUCAACAUGGCUACGCACCGCACGAACGUCAUCCCAAUCAUUGAAGAUGCUCGUCACCCCCUCCGAUACAGAAUGUUGGUCUCGAUGGUCGAUGUCAUCUUCGCUGAUGUUGCGCAACCUGACCAGGCUCGUAUUGUGGGCUUGAAUGCUCACCUGUUCUUGAAGGUUGGCGGUGGAGUGGUUGUUUCCAUCAAGGCCAACUGUAUUGAUAGUACUGCGGCCCCCGAGGCUGUGUUUGCAAGAGAAGUGCAGAAGAUGAGAGAGGAGAGAAUUAAGCCUCUGGAGCAGCUGACUCUUGAGCCAUUCGAACGUGACCACUGUAUAGUUGCUGGCCGAUACAUCAGAGCCCAGACAUAGAGGUUGCACUGUCUCUUGAUCCCAUUUCAGUCUCUCAUCACACUCCUGGCAUCAUAUGACCUGAUGCCUAUCUGCCUUCAUGCUGCAUUGCGUACUUCUUCUCGUGUC